AUGAUUACGUGUACGCUUAUAUUUUUCGGCGAUGUUGAGUUCGACUGGCGUCCGCAAAAAGACCAAAUAUCUUCCGCGGCUAACGGCGUUAAUGGUCGGUUGUACUUUUAUGAUGUUCUUGCCGAUUAUUAUGUUCGAGUACCCGUUCGUGGAAAGCCUAUCAUUGAUUUGAUUGUUCAACUGUGGAGCCAGUCAUUUGCAUCUCACAUUUUUGCCCUGCUAUUCCAUAAUUGGUUAUUUGAAGUUCAACUGGAUGAUGCAGAUGUUCAGCUUCGUUAUGCUUCUGCACUUGUUCAGGGUGCAGCAAAUGUUUUCUGGUAGGAAAUUAAAUUUAUAAUGCUUGAGUGGGAAUUUUCUUUUGUCCAGUUUCAACCUAGU